GAACUCCGACGCAACACGAACCAAAAACAAAAACCAUGGACGACUCCGAGAACCGUCUCUUCCGCUUCUCCAAGCCCGAAUGGCUCAACAACUCGGCCAUCCGUAACGCGGGCGUCUACGCCUCAGGCGCACUGUUCUCCCUCGGGUUCUUCUUCCUCGUUGAUGCCGCCGCAUUCUCGCACAGCACUCGCAACGGCUCCGACGUGCACGUGAAAUUCGUCGACUGGAUUCCGGGGAUUUGCUCGGCGCUGGGAAUGCUGGUUAUCAACUCGAUUGAGAAGUCCCGGUUGCAGGCGGAUAGCUUCAGUUAUAGUGGGAAUGGGGUUGCGUGGAAGGCGCGGUUUGUGCUGUUCUUGGGGUUUGCGUUGUUGGCGGGUGGAUUGGCGGGGAGUGUGACGGUCAUGGUCCUCAAAUACCUCAUUAAGCAGUAUCCGCUUCCAACGCUGUACUUUGGGAUUGCGAAUGUCAUUGCGAAUGGAUUGGUUAUGCUUAGUUCAAUUGUGUUGUGGGUUUCGCAGAACAUAGAAGAUGACUAUACCUAUAACCUUGCGUUGUAGGGGAAUGUCCAAUGUCAAGGGUGUUUUGUUUAGUGUAGUAUUCGGGGGACUACACUAAUGAUCAGGAGAUUGAUAUUUUUUUUUUGCUUCAGAGAGUAUAUUAUUUGAUAUGAUGCUUCAAUGAUUGAUAUGUUCUAUUGUUCUUACAGUUUUCCGGUGGUUGUUGCUGCUAUUGUUAUCCUGUUUGUUUGUGGAUGGCGUAGUUGGGUUUCUUUAUUGCAUGUUCUUGUACUACUACUAAUAAUAGGAUGUUGUUUUGUUUGAAUUCCCAGCUGUACCUGUAUACUUGUGGCUCGUACUUUCUUAUGCCCUGAUGUUACGAUAUGUCUUGUCAUGCAUAGGUAGAUAGGCUGUGUCUUGAGGGACCUACCUAAUCUAGGCGACUAUUCUUUAUACAUUCGGA